ACCUGGGCUUGGAAGUUGGGGCGACCCCGCGACAGCUGCAGCUUGCACCCCGCGCCCUUGCUCCGUGCCUGUGCACGCAUUGCAGACCCCCAGGAACGCCGGGGAGACUCAGGGGCUCUUAAGAAGAAAAAGAAGGUGCUGGAACGAAGUCUGCUCUAUGGCUUCGGAAUCCAGAAAGCCUUUUGCCUCGUCCUCUGCAGACCUGUCUCCUGAGCAGGACCUUGUCAUUAUCAAGGUUGAGGAAGAAGAUCCUGCCUGGGACCAGGAAUCCGGCCCGCUGGGGAGCAACCCCCUUGGCCCUGAGCAGUUCCGCCUGCGCUUCAGGGAGCUGCGCUACCAGGAGACUUUGGGCCCUCGCGAAGCGCUCAUCCAGCUCCGAGUCCUGUGCCACCAGUGGCUGCGGCCCGACCUGCACACCAAGGAACAGAUCCUGGAGCUGUUGGUGCUGGAGCAGUUCCUGAGCAUCCUGCCCAGCCAGCUGCAGGCGCUGGCCGAGGAGCAUCCGCUGGACAGUGGGGAGGAUGUCGUGACCCUGCUGGAGGGGCUGGAGCGGCAGAUCGAUAUUCUCAGCCAGCCUGUCUCUGCUCGUGCUCAUGGACAUCGGCUCCUCUGGGACGAAGUGGCCCAUUUAGACCCUGCACCCCAAGGAACACAGCACCAGCCUGCAGCAAUGCAGCAGAAAGCUCCGGUGGUCCAUGGGCCUCACGAGAGAGCCAUCCCCACUGCCCAGAGUAUGGCCCCAUCCCAGAAGAGAAGUCCUGGAGACCAGGAGAUGACAGCGACACUUCUUACAGCUGAAUUCCAGACUUUAGUGAAGAUUGAGGAUAUGGCUGUGUCCCUCAUUUGGGAGGAAUGGCUUCUUGAUCCACCACAGAAGUCUCUGAAUAAAGAUGACGGACCAGAGAAUUACAGAUACAUGUUCUCCCUGGAUGUUGAAAGCAGGACUAAGACCAAGGAAGCAGUGUCAAAACAGGCAAAGCCUCCUGGUAUCCAGGCCCUUGGGGAGCCUGCUGCCAAAUGCAACGGUGAUGCAGCCGAGCUCAAUGAGCCUGGAGAAGCCGGAGACCAGCCAGGCAAGCUGGUGAAACAGCGGGGAAGUACUCAGGUCCAGGACCGCCGACAUCAAUGUAAUGAGUGUGGGAAAAGCUUCGCCCACAGCUCGGGCCUCGCGCGCCACUGGAGGAUCCACACCGGGGAGAAGCCCUACCAGUGCAGCGUGUGCGGGAAAGCCUUCAGCAACCGCACGGCCCUGCUCUCCCACCAGGACAUCCACAACAAAGUCAAGCGCUACCGCUGUGGCGAGUGCGGCAAAGCCUUCAGCCAGAACACGGGCCUCAUUCUGCACAAGCAGAUCCACACCGGGGAGAAGCGUUACCGUUGCAACCAGUGCGGCAAGGCCUUCAGCCAGAAUACAGGCCUCAUCAUGCACCAGCGGAUCCACACCGGGGAGAAGCCUUACUGCUGCAGUCAGUGUGGCAAGGCCUUCAGCCAGAGCGCCGGGCUCAUCCUGCACCAGCGCAUCCACAGCGGGGAGCGGCCCUUCGAGUGCGGCGAGUGCGGGAGGGCCUUCAGCCAGAAGUCAGGACUCAUUGAGCACCAGAGAAUCCACACGGGAGAGAGACCCUACAAGUGCCAAGAAUGUGGCAAGGCCUUCAGUGGCAACACGGGUCUCAUCCAGCACCUGCGCAUCCACACCGGGGAGAAGCCCCACCAGUGCGGGGCGUGUGGCAAAGCCUUCAUCCAGCGGUCGAGUCUCAAUAGGCAUCAGCGGAUCCACACUGGAGAAAAGGCUAAACCUUCGGUUGUUUAAAGGGUGGGGGGUUCCCCACCCUUUGGGGGCUUUAUUCAACACAGAGAGAGAGAGAGUGCAGGCUCGAGAGAAGCUUUGCAGUGAAGCGCAGAGACAGAAAGUGGGUCCUUGCCAUCCUAUCCCUGCCUGGUGUUCUGGUUGGCAGGUGGCAAUUAGUCUGGGUCCCCCCCCCCACACACACACACA